GAUCGACUAACUCUUCGCCAGUCAGAAAACAAUUAGACUUGAGAAUCGUAAUAAGUUUGAAAGUUCUGGGGAGUUUCGUGUGUGAAUUUUAAAGUGUUAUACACAAAAUGAUAACGAAUGUCUUUAGUUUUGUUCUGUUUUUAUUUCUCUUAAUCAGUGGUUUUUUUGAAACCGGGUCGGCAGUAAAAAUCACCAAUCUCGUAGUUCCACCAGUGACAGACACCAAUCGGCCUGUAGUACUAGACUGCGAUUAUACAUUAGAUGCGGAUGAUGGUGGAUUAGUUGUAAAAUGGUACUUUAACAACCGGAAUCUGGUUUAUCAGUGGAUCUCAGGACACCCUCCAACGGCAAUCGGUAUUCUGAAGAGACGUUUAAAUAUCAACUACAAAGCUGAUCCUGCAGAUCCAAAUAAAUACCACAGAGCACUUUUUAUUUCUAAUCCCACAUCCGAGCUUUCAGGAAAUUAUACAUGUCAUGUGUCGACUUUUAAAUCAGAAGAUGUACAAACAAAACCAUUGAUAGUUCUAACUCAACCUGAAUAUUUCGAAAUAAAGGAAAAACUACUGGGGCCAAGAAAAUUCGAAAUAAGUUGCGAGGUAAAAGGAGUGUUCCCAAGACCAAGUUUGUCGUUAAAAUUAGGAGACAGGGACUUAACUGGCUUGAAAAUAGAAGUAAUCCCGAAUCAAUAUAUUUAUGACGCAAAAGUGACAACAGUAUUUUAUGCAAAAGAAGAUAUCACAGAAAUUGAAUGCCUGGUUAUGGUUCCAGAAGCAAAUUAUUUGACUCAGAAGAAGAGUGUAAUUACAGUAAAGGAAGAAAUACUUGAUGCAGCUAUUGCCAGUGCCGACAUCAGACGUUAUGCUGCUCAUUUGCUAAAUCUUAUUCUUCUAUUGGUGUUUAUUGUAUAAACAAUAAAUAAUUUUUUUUGGAGCAUUUUAUAGAAUUUAAAUACAGUUUUAUCGUAUACGAGUACAUAUCUACUAAAACCGGUUUAUUUUUAAAAAAAUUGUAAAUGUGUAAAUGUAAAAUAUUAAAAAUAAUAAAAUUUAUUUAUUUACUUUGACAAAAUUA